GACAUUCCUUCAUAGUCACACAGUCCUAACAGAGCAUAUUAUGGAUUCAUAUCUCUAUUUCUUUGCAGGAACACCAGUGGAAAAUUCCUAAGCAUGGAUUCAACUGCCCCAUCCUGGUAUAUUAACAACACAGAAGUCGAAGAAAUUUACUACAUUGAAAAUUUAUCCUGUUUGACCAUGUUCAAUUUUCUCACUAUUAUGGUUGCUGUGGUUGGGCUGGCAGGAAAUUCCAUAGUGCUAUGGCUUCUAGCCUUCCAUAUCCAUAGAAAUGCCUUCUCAGUCUAUGUCCUCAACCUGGCUGGUGCUGAUUUCUUACAACUUUGCUCUCAGAUUGUGUAUUCCCUAUCGUGUGUCCUUCAUGUAUAUAUCAGCAAAAUUUCUUUUUUUGUCUUUAUAUUUAUUUUUGCUUACUUUGCAGGUUUAUGCAUGAUUGCAGCCAUUAAUGUUGAGCGCUGCUUGUCUGUUAUAUGGCCCAUCUGGUAUCACUGCCAAAGACCAAGACAUACAUCAGCCAUCGUUUGUGUUCUGCUCUGGACUUUCUGUCUGUUGUUGAGCCUCCUGCUAUGUCUAGGCUGUGGCUUAAUUUUCACGGAUUUUAAAUAUUAUUUCUGUGAAACUUUUAUGUUUAUCACUACUGCAUUUAUAAUAGUGUUAACUGUGGUUCCUUCUGUGUCCACCCUGGCCCUGUUGGUAAAGAUCAUCUGUGGAUCACACAGGGUUCCUGUGACCAGAUUGUAUAUAACCAUUGCUCUCACAGUGGUGGUCUUCAUAAUUUUUGGUCUGCCCUUUGGGAUUUGCAUUUUCCUCUUGGAAAGUUUUGACGUGUUUCAAAGCAUUAUUUCACCAAAAACUUCAGAAAUUAUGCUAUUCCUGUCCUGUAUUAACAGCUGUGCCAAUCCCAUCAUUUACUUCCUUGUUGGCUCCAUUAGGCACUGCAGGUUUCAAUGGCAGAGUCUGAAGCUACUUCUGCAGAGAGCCAUGCAGGACACUCCUGAGGAAGAAAGGGGAGAAAGAGGUACUUCACAAAGGUCUGGGGAACUGGAAACCAUCUAG